AUGGUUACUACUCUUAAAUUGAGUGAAUUAACUAGUAGAAAGAGACGUAAUGAAGAGAACGAAAAUACUAGCGAGGAGUCUGAGAUAGAUAUUAGUAGUACAGAUUCGGAGAAUGAGGGUAAAGUCGGUGGUGAAGAAGAUGAUGACACUGAUGAAAUUAUCAAUAUAGAUUUUGAUUUCUAUAAUGGUAACCCUGACAUCGAUUUCCAUGCAUUAAAGAAUCUUUCACGUCAAUUAUUUGGUCCACAGGAAAGUAAUAGAAUCCAAUUGAGUGCAUUAGCAGAUUUGAUGCUAGCUUCUCCAAUGACCACGAUCAAGACAGACGGUCCUGAGUCUGAUCCAUAUUGUUUUCUUUCAUUUAUCGAUUACAAAGAUAAUAAAACAUGUGACUAUGUAAAAUAUUUAAUAAAAGUUGAUCCAAAGUUGUCCACUUUCCUGCAAACUAUAGACAAUACUGGCAAUAAAUCGUGUGCAUUAGUUGUAAGUGAAAGGUUAAUUAAUAUGCCACCUGAAGUGGUUCCUCCAUUAUAUAAAAUUACUCUUGAAGACGUAUCAAAGAGCUUAAAUGAAAGCGAUAAGGAACAUUAUGACUUCUAUUUGAUUGCGACUAGAAAAUAUGAAGUGAAUUUCGAUAUAGAUGAUGAUUCAUCUAGAAAUAAUAAUUCAGAGAGGUCAAAUAAACGUGUUAAACAGGAAGAGAUCGACUAUUUUCAUGAAGAAGACAGAUUCUUUGAGAAAUACGCAAAGAUCCAUUUCGAAACCGAAGCAAGAAAAGGUAUUAUCAGUUCUUAUAUGGUCUUAACACAUGAAGGGUUGAUAUCAGGGAUUGAAGAUUUAGAAAAUGAAAUUGCACAAUGGUAA